AUCUCAUUCAAGGAAUUAGCAAGCAGAGUUGAAUACUACGCUUAUGAGUUCCCAGUUCUUCUGAUUAAUGGAUUUGCUGCUAAUGCAUUUCUUCAACGAGGUAGGGCAAGGACAGCAUCAACCUAUCGUAGGAGUGAAAGGAGCAGGGCCAUAGUCCCGAUAGCAUUAUUAGAUAGAAAAGGCUUAGCAGUUCUUGAUUUAAUGACUGCUGCUUACGAGGGAGGUAGAGAAGAAUCAAACCCGGGAACUAAGAACUCGACCGGUAAUGAACCUGUCUUGACUUCGACACUCUUUUCCAUAAGCAUAAGAAAGCGAGUCACAAGACUUUUCACAGAAGGAAUUACGUACGCCUUUCCCUCUACAGUGAAUCCACUCGGAAAUCAACUAGCUGACCGGGGAACUUGUACCCACUGCAGCUCUUCUCCCUCUAUAAAUAGAAUAGAACCCUAUCCAAUAAGUAGAGGGCCCUCCUUCGUCGCGGUCGAUUAA